AUGAGCUCCGGCGUCCGUAACCUGCGGGCCAUGUUCGAGAACCAAAGCGCGAGUUCGUCUCCUGAGCCCCGCGGUCGCUCCCCAGUAGAAAGCGCCGCCGCAGACAGCACCGCCCGGCCGACGCCCACGGUACGCGCCUCGUUCGUUUCCGUCGAGCCCAGUGGUGGCGUCGCCUCGGACUUGGGCAUGAACAAGGGCACGCCCACGAACAGCGCCGCCGCCCAUCGCCGGGAGAGCUUCAGCAUCAGCCACGACCACGCCGCCGAGGCCACGGAGCUCAAGCGCGCCGUGACUGAGGAGAGGGAGGAGCGCAAGCACAGCGUGGCUAUUGUCGAGGCCGUCCCAGAGCAGGCCGUCGCGUCGAGAGAGUCCUCAAUGCCCGCGCCGCCGUUCCGAAGUCCUCCAGACGGAGAGAUGCCGAACCUUGGUGCUAUCAUGAAGGGGUCUGACUUUCCCGAUGGUGCUGUCGAGGCUGAGGCGUCCCCAGUCAGUGAGGCGCCAGCUGCUGUUUCCGAGGAGAGCCCUGUGGUGGAGGAAGAGAAGGCUGAACCGACCCCAGCACCAGUUGUUGAUGCACCCGCUGUCGAUGCGCCUGCUGUCGAUGCUCCAGCUGUCGAUACGCCUGAAGUCGACACUCCCGCCGUCGACACACUCGCAGUCGAUGCACCUGCAGCCGAUCCACCCGCAGUCGACACAACGGCAGAUCACACACCUGCUGUCGACGCGUCUACUGCAGACACGCCAGCUGCAGACACGCCAGCCGUCGAAGCACCUGUAGUAGAUGCACCCGUUAUCGACACCCCAGCCGAAACGCCAGCCGAUAACCCUGAUAAGGCAGUAACGGGCGCGCAGGAGGAGGUGUCCCUGAAGCCAGCGGACCCUACAGACGCAACCGCCAUCGCGGGCGGCAAGGCACUACCCCCUCCCGCGGAAGAUCUACAUGCUUCCACACCCGAAGUUGCUGAGAGCAAGCCUGAGUCCAACGGCGCGCCGGCAGUAAAGCCCAAGGUCGACGUCAAGAAGCCUAGUCCCAUCUCCACCCAAAAAGCCACCUCGUCCAAAACAGCGCCCUUGAAGAGUCCGCUGAAGAGCCCGGUGUCGAAGCCAGCACCGAAACGGCCAACCACGCCCAAGCUCACGAGUGCUGCCUCUGCACCGAAGCCGAAGCACAGCCCCACCGCGAAGCCGGCUCCCAAGCCCGCGGCGCUCAAGGAGCACAAGGCCCACAAGGAGCCAGUCAAAGCGCCAGCGCACAAGACCAGUCGAACAUCGUUGCGUCAAUCGAGCGCUCCGACAGCUGCGUCUUCCACUGGCGGUUCUUCGAUCAGAGCAAAGUCUGCGACCGGAGCAAAGUCUACGACCGCAGCUCCAGCUCCAGAGAACAAAAAGCCAGCCGUUGCGGCAACCAAGCCAGCAACAGCUCCAAGUGCCACAUUACACGCUUCCAAAAAGCCGCAAGCGAAGCCACCCACACAUCCAGUCAGACUCCCUUCCCACUUGACGAAGCCCACCGCCGCCUCAGCCGCCAAACUUGGCGAGGAGAAGCCCGUCCGCAAGCCGGUUGUUGCGACGCGACCGUCAGCGCCACCCAAGCCCGCACCGGUCGCAAAGGCUCCACGAGCCUCAAUCGCUCCCAGCGCUGCUGCCCCCAAGCGUCCAGAAUCGCGAGUGUCUUCUGCUCCCGCACCCAAUGAGGGCUUUUUGGCCCGCAUGAUGCGCCCUACAACUGCCAGUGCUAGCAAGACGCAUGAGAAGCCGACUUCACCACCCCGUAAAGCGGCUUCCAAGACCACCAUCCAGAAGGGCAAGAACAAGGUUAUCGAGGUAGCCGCCAAGGCCAAGGCGGCAAUCACCAACGGUGAUGAUGAUGAGGCAUCGAAGGACUCCAGCGCUCACGAUGCCGCGACUGAUUCGGCGAGUGUAGAAGGCACUGAGUCUGCGCCGGAUCACACGACAGAGGCUUCGGAAAGUGAGGCAGCCCCUUCAGUCGAAGAGGCAGUUUCGCCCACAACGGAGCAGACGCCUAGCCUCGAAGGCACCGCCGUCCAUUAG